AUGCGAUUUCCACCGCAUGGGUUUCCAGUCGGUUUAUCACUUGGGCCAGCACCACCGAUUAUACCUCCGGGUGGACCUCUCAUGACGAUGGAUUGGACAGAGCCAUUGAAGGAUCCUGAUCAACUUGAUUUUUUGGUGACAUUCAAGUAUUAUGCCGAAUUCCUUCAGAUGUCAAAUCAAAAUCAAAAAACACGAUAUACUGAUGAUGACUUACAUAAAAAAUAUAAUGAUUAUAAAGAAGCUUUUGGUAUUAAACAAUUGAAAACCUUUUUUGAGGCUCAUAAAAAAGAAGAAUGGUUUCUUGAAAAAUAUCAUCCAAAGUAUAUGGAGCCAAGGAUUUCGGCAACUAGGGAAUUAAAAAAGAAGAAUUAUCAAAAUUUUAUCACGGAUUUGAAAAGAGGCCUUUUAGAUAAUAUUGUUAAUGAUGUUGAAGAAAAUAAAGAUGAUACAAAGACAGAAGAAUCCACUGCAGACAAAAACGAACAGGACGAAGAUGCUAAUAGACUUUUUAUAAAGAGUGUAUCACCCAAUAUUUCAAGACAAAAAAUAGAAGAAAUGUGCAAAGAAAUUCCUGGGUUCAAAUAUCUUGCUUUAUCUGAACCUAAUCCUCAAAAAAAAUUUCAUCGUCUGGGCUGGAUUGUUUUUGAAGAGGGAUCUGAUAUGGACGCAGCAUAUGAAAAACUAAAUGAACAAAAGAUUGACGAAUUCGUUUUUUACCUGGCUCGUCAUAAAAAUCAAACUGGUCCCGUUCGUAAUCGAACCGCUCCGGAUGCCGCUAAUACUCUUGAAAGGUUGAAAAAAGAUUUGGAAAUGGCCAUUAAACUUUCAGAGAAGCUUGAUAAAGAUGUUGAUAAUACAAUGACCGGAAGCCAGAAUAUCAAACAACGACUCAUAUUAAUUGACGAUGGCCAUCGGCGUGAAGAAAUAAAUAACGUUAAGAGAAUAUUGGACAUUCAUAUUGAAUAUUUGCGCAGAACACAUCUUUUUUGUUACUAUUGUGGUUGUGAAUCGGAUUCUGUGGAGGAACUUAACAGAAAAUGCCCUGGACGUCAUCUAAGGAGUUUACCUGGAAGCAAUGAUGUGAAAUCCGCCGGAAAAUCAUUAAAAGAAAAACAGAUUAACG